AUGGCACCUGCUACACCUGUCGUGGACCGCGAGGCGGUCGCAGCGACGCUGCAAGCGUCGAAGCAGCGCAACAGACAAGAAUGCGAGCUGAAAGCACUGACGCAGUACGAAUGCCAAUUCGUCGACCUCGAGUCCAACCGCUACAUCUGCCGACCGUUCAAGCGGCUGUUCGAGGUGUGUGCGGGCACCUCCUACGAGACCACGGCCCAGCCGACCAACAGCGCCGACCGCUCGUAG